AUUUCCUGGGGACCUCGUGCACGGCUGCAGCUUUAUUUAAAGCCCCAGGAGCGAGCAGCUGAGGCGCGCCCACGUGUGUCGUGAACCAGCAUGAGGGCUCUGAGGUUUGGUUUAACUCUUGUUCGACAUGGAGAAACACGCUACAACAAAGAAGGUCUCCUGCAAGGACAGGCUAUCGACGCUCCUCUCUCUGAGGUCGGGCUGCAGCAGGCCGAGGCUGCAGGUCGAUACCUGAAGGACGUAGAGUUCAGCAACGUGUUCGUCAGUGAUCUGCUGCGAGCUCAGCAGACGGCUGAAACUAUCAUGAAACACAACAGCAGCUGCUCUUCGCUGCAAAUGGCUCUGGACCCUUUGCUCAAAGAGAUCAGCUUCGGCGUCGCGGAGGGGGGACGACUGCAGGACGUGAGGGACAUGGCCGAGGCCGCGGGUCAGACGUUCCCCGGCUUCACUCCACCAGGGGGCGAGACUCCAGAGCAGGUGAAGGAGCGGGUCAAAGAGUUCAUGGAGAACACUCUGCAGCAGCUCGGGGCCGAACACUGGCACCACAGCACCGAGGACGAGUCCAGCCCGUCGGCCGUGGAGGGGAGAGCGGAUGACGGGGUCGGGGGGGUCCCGGUCCACGCUCUGGUGGUCACGCACGGGGCCUACAUGUGUGUGAUGGUGCGUUACUUCGUGGAGGAGCUGCUCUGUUCUUUGCCUCAGGGCUCUGACAAAGCACACGUGUUCUCCUUGAGUCCCAACACGGGUCUGUGCCGGUUCGUCCUCAGCCUGAGGAAAGAGGAGGACGGGUUCCAGCUGUCGGGGAUUCGCUGCGUGUUCGUCCACAGGAGCGACCACGUCAAAGAGCUCGGUCACCAGUAGGAGCAGAAGGAGGAGCGAUGGGAACGCAGAGGUUUGGAGGAGGUGCAGGAGACGGUGGGAGAAGAACAGAGAGAAAAACCUCCUCAGACUUUACUUGUUAUUUAAAACAUGUAUUUGAUAUGUGGAGAAGGUCAAAGGUUCUAGUGACGUGAGGAAGAGUCUGUGUAAAGUCUCUGUUUGUCUGUUAUUCAGCAGUAUUACACCAAAACCACUGGUUCACCACAAAUCGUGGUGGUAGGAUGUGACGUGGGUCAUGAAAGAAACCACACACAUAUGGUGCAGGUCAAUGGUUUCUCUUUUUUCACAGCGUUGUUCAUUUCCGUUGAUUUUUAUGCCACGUAUAUUUGCAUAUAUUGGAAAUUGCCAUAGUGUGGUUGGUGCACUGUACAUAAAAACAAAACAACAAAACAACAAUAUCCCAGUGAACAAAUCCUGAAUCUUGGUGGAAAACUUUCAGACACAUUUAUUGUGGUGAGGAUCCAAAUAAAGAUCUGGAUAAAGUGAAUAUAAAUGUGGUUUCAUUAAGAUAUUUCAAGGGAAAGUUUUCUAGAACUAAUACAAAGAUCUUUAUGAAGAACGUGUCAAUGCGUGAAAAUGUACGUGGAUCUGGAUUUUGUGAGGUUGAUCUUUAUUCAGUUACUGAACGGUGACACAUUUUCAUUUCAACUUUAUCAGAGAGUGUAUAUUGUGCCUUUGUUUUACUGUGAAUAGUUUACAGGACACAUCUAUGUACUUGGUGUAUGUAUCUGAUUCAAUAUGAGGAGGAAUGUGUCCCUCUAGUUUAAUAUUUGGAGCUCGAUCACCACAAAGUACAGUUCACCCACAUUUGGGAACUAAUUUCAACUUUCAACUUUUCAACAUCUUUAUUAUUGUGAAGAAUGUUCAAAUCUCCUUUAUUCCCACGGUUUGAGCUCCCUCUCUAACCCCAGGUAGUUUGUGUUGCAGGCGAUGUCACCAUCACUUGUUGCUGCUCGGUUGCUCAUUGCUGUAAAAAUAGGAAACUCUGUCUUCUAAUGAGUCCGUGUUUCUAUUUCCGUCUUCCGGCCGCUCGUCUCUGUAACGAAGGAAAACAGCCGUGUUGACUUUUUUGCAAAUCAGUGACUUUCUCAUGAAUUAACACUUCAGGCGACAGAGGGAGAAACGCAUGGAGACACCUUGUGUGAUGCACUGGAAUCUGACUGCACGGCCCCUCUACUGCAGUUCUCAACUAAACUAAAGUAUUUACAGUAGAAAACUUUAGUCAUUGUGUGGAAUCAGGAGGGUAGACAGGAUGUGACCCCAGGAAUCUACUGUGUGGAAAAAUCACUUACAGAUUCAGUUUAUUUUGUAAUUGAAACGACUUUGUGAUGUAAUAACGAGCCUCGGACUCAUACACAUCUCUUUGCUGAACAGUGGGAAGCUGUUGUGUUGUGUUUCUGUGUCAUUGUGUUAAUUGUGGAGACUCGAGAGAAAAUUUUUCCUCCUGAUAAAACUGCUUCUCAUCUCUUCUCCUUCGCAAGAUAUUUCACAUCAGUAAACUUGAUUCUUCAUCAA